CCUGUGUGGGAUGACUGAUCGUGCCCAGUGUGGCUGUGUACCUGAUGGUGUUCGAUCAUCUGAAGUUUAAGCGACCACCGGGAGGGGCCUGAGGAACCCACCCGGAAACGCAACCCUGGAGGGGCACUAGGGGACGAGCAGGGCAUCCUGCCCCAUUCGUUGUCGUCCUCCCGCAUCUCGAAGCCUAAAACAAUUCGACGACAUCAAACAUGGGACUUUACGAAUAGGAAACAAUUGCAUUCAUUGAUCGCUUCGCUUUCUACCCAAGGUGUCCCUUGUGGGCAUACCACCAUCGCCAGGCAUUUAGCACAUCAUGAUGUAUAGAAGUGCUUGAUCAGAAAUGAAUACACGACCCAUCAUCGACGAGUCCUCGGGACCGAUUGCAUUAUCGGCUUCCUUCAACAGCGAUGCGAGUUGCUUCGCAGUUGGCCUUGAUACAGGCUUUUGUGUCUUCAAUUCCGAUCCCUGCGAACUGAAAGCAUCCAGAGAUCUCAAUGCUGGAAUUGGAACGGCCGAGAUGCUGGGCCGGUACAACUAUCUCGCGCUGGUAGGAGGUGGAAAGAACCCGAGAUGGCCACAGACAAAGGUCAUGAUCUGGGAUGAUGCCAAACAGAAAGUCGCAAUCACACUCGAGUUGAAGACAGCAGUCCUGCGGGUUCGCUUGACGAAGUCUUGGAUCGCCAUUGCGAUUCAGAACAGCAUACACCUAUACAAGUUUUCAUCUCCGCCCGAACGAACUGCAGUCUUCGAGACCGCCGACAACCCUUUGGGCCUUUGCUCGCUGGGAUCCAGACUAGUAGCAUUCCCAGGUCGCUCGCCAGGCAAAGUACAGCUGGUUGAAUUGGGAUCCGGGAACGUCAGCAUCAUACCAGCUCAUACAUCUGCAUUGCGAGCAAUGGACCUUAGCAACGAUGGGCAGUUUCUGGCCACAGCCAGUGAGACUGGGACGUUGAUUCGUGUCUUCUCGACAUCGAACUGCACCAAGAUCGCCGAACUGCGCCGCGGUGUAGAUCCAGCAUACAUAUUCAGCAUCGCCAUGUCGCCAGACUCCAGCAUGCUCGCUGUAACCUCCGACAAAUCUACCCUCCACGUUUUCGACCUCCCGAUAUCCUCGCCCUCGCACCCGAAUAGCCCUCGGCCUGCACCCCGUCGAUCCCAAUCACCCCAUGUUUCUGCCGACGAGGACUUGUCCACAAACCAGAAAUGGGGUUUCCUGUCCAAGAUUCCUCUUCUGCCAAGGGUGUUUUCAGACAUCUAUUCCUUUGCUUCCGCACACUUCGAGAUGGGCGAUGAAAACAUUGGAGUUAAUGGAUCCUCGCUUUCUUAUCUUCCUGCUCUAGGGUCGCUGCCGAAUCGCCCGCAAAAAGGGAUUCUCGGCUGGAUGGACAACUCAACCCUGAUAUGCAUCGGCACGGGUCGCGAUGCACGAUGGGAACGCUUUAGAAUCGGUGAGAGGCCUGGCGUCGCCGACGAGGGCCAGAGGGCCGUCUGGAGAGACGGCUGGAGGAAGUAUCUGGGCAGCUGAGACUCCCGGGGCCCAUCAUGUUCGAUGGCCAUGCUCAGCAUCAGUAGCCAUGGUCGACCGACGUCGAUGUCUCGUCAAGCAGCCCGAAAUUGUCGGACGGCCGAUA